CCAUAUUUCAUGACUUUCUUUGCUUGAGAGCUGCGCCGUGUAUGAAAUGUCGUCUGUGUGCAGAGUAAGAACGUGAAUAAGCUUGCAGAUUGUAGCUUAAACUCUUCGCUCCAACGUGCGAAUUUUGUGUGCAAAAAGUCGUAGACUUGGAAAUGCAUUUGGACUGGUAUUGAUUUGCUGAAAAUUCAAGAUGGCGGAUGGAAAAAAGAUGAAAAACCGCCCCAAAUUAACCAUUUUGGCACCGCCUGUUUCAAUCCCAGAGAAGUAUGUUGUAUCUCGUGUAUGCACGGGCAUGAAAGUGUGUACGUAGCUCACAUAUACACGUUUAAUCUUUCAGCACAGACAUAGAACCGUCUACCGGCAAUGUCGAAUCGAUUGCAAAGAAACUUGACGAUCUUGACAUGGACGAUUCGCAGCGAGAACGGCUUAUGUCCUUCUUGGCAGAGAAACGUAAAAUCGGGGACUUAGGUACAGACGAUUUUGAGAAAUUAGACGAACUAGGUGCCGGGAAUGGAGGCGUCGUUACGAAAGUGCGCCACAGUCCUACCAAACUAAUUAUGGCCCGAAAGGUGUGUGGAUUUUAUGUUUUUACUAGUGUGCAUAAACAUUCGUAGCAUGUUUUGACUAUAUAAAGUUCUUGCCCAAAUUUGCUACAAUUUAACCUUGUUGAGAACAAGAGUAAGGUCUAAUUUGUUACAUCGAAGAUAACGGUAAAACAUUUUGACACACAGUUGGGAAUUAUAUUUAUUUAAAUUUAUAUUGUACACAAUUUGACAUUUAUUUGCCGUGCCUGUGUUAAAUCAAUUCUUAUGUUUUCACCCUUUAGUAAAUGCCAGGGCAAUAAUAGUUGUGUUUUUGUAUGAAAUAUAUUUCUUCAUAUUUUUUUAAUAAAGCCUGUUAAGUGCUAGCCCAAAAACGUUCUAGAAUAUGUUGGUUUUGGUACUUAAAACUCCGUCUAAUAUAUAUUUGUGUUUUACAAAUUUAUACCAAAUUAUUCGCUCUCUGCAUUUUAAAUAUUGUCCCCCUAAACUAUAAUCAAAGCGUUUUUGUUUGAGCAAUUUUAUGCCAUAUUACCGGAGCGAUCUUUAUGUGUACGGCAUAAGAAUGUUGUAAGAGCGACAUGCACAAGAGUGUCAAUUAACAACAGUCCACAAAUUCCAUAGACCCAUUCUUUGUGCUCGUUUUUAGUUGAUUCAUUUGGAAAUCAAGCCAGCAAUUCGGAAUCAAAUCAUCCGAGAGUUGAAAGUUCUUCACGACUGUAAUUCGCCGUAUAUCGUUGGUUUUUACGGUGCUUUUUACUGCGAUGGAGAAAUAUCCAUUUGUAUGGAACACAUGGUAGGCAUUGCAUUCCAUCGUAAGCUUGUUCUUUCCGACAGGACGUUGUAACUGUAAAAAUUCAUCCAUUAAUUUAAUUGUUUUCUUCCAGUUAAUUUCACAUACUUAUACAUAGAUGUGUAAUUUGAGUGUAAUUUUAUGUUAGAAUGGUAUAUUUUAGUGAAAAAGAGAUUGUUAUAAAAGGCCCCACGUUCUUUGGGAUUGUAGAUUAUUUUAAUCAGUUAUUAAUGUCUCCAGACAGGAUUUCCUAAAGAUUAAACCAAAAUGAUUAUACAUUCAGACGCAUUAUAGCCCUUUGCAUAAGUGUUCAUAAAUAUGCCCAAACACCGAGUGUUUGAAUGGCUUGGAGAACAGUGGGAUUUUCAAAACAAUUAAAAGACAAUGAAAAUCACUGGAUGGCACUAAUAUCAUGCUUAAGUGAUAUUCAAAUGAAAGAAACAAAUUAUUUUUUCACCCCCUUCUCACAUUCACUGCCCUGACCUAACAUGGCAAAAUUUACAUUGGUCUCGGCCAGACUAUUUUUCAGGUAGUUGUGUCCCUAUCAAUUCAAAGCUUUCUUCAAAAUUUACAUUGUAAACUACCACUGGUUGAGCAUCAGUAUUUUUGAUAAAACUGCCAUUUUAACCCAUUGAGUUGUAGCACACGCCCCUUGAUGAGUAAAAUCAUUUGGUGUUAGAGAGAGUAAAAUCGUAAAGUAGGGUGCAUGUAUCAGGGUACAUUGCCACUUAAAGGGUUAAAGGAAUUUAAAAAACUGAAAGAAUUUCUCAGAUUUUUUGAUAAUUGGAUUGACGAUUAUUAAUUAACAUGCAGUUAAUAAUUUACUAAUUAUAUCGCUUUUUGUUCAGGAUGGUGGUUCUCUAGAUCAAGUUUUAAAGAAAGCGGGAAGGAUUCCUGAAGACAUUUUGGGAAUAAUUAGCAUUGCAGUAAGUUUUUCAUUCCUUUUAAGGGCAAACUAUUUGCCCAUGCAUCUCUUUUACCAGGUUGCUUUUUAAGUGUAAUCUUGAACCGUCAUCUAUCUAUCAAACAAGAAAAUAAAGUUGUAAUAUGCUGUCAUUUUUACAAAAUAAUCAGAUCAAUAUAUGUUUAAGUAUUAAAUCAUGAAAAUACACAAAAUUCAUUGUUGAAAACAUAAACUUCAGAAUAUUGAAAAACAACAUGAUAAAUAUCCUAGACUGGCUAGACUCUCUCGGCACUAUGCCAAGCUGUAUCAACUAUAAUAAACAUUUUCGAGCCAAGCUCUUCAAGCAGCAGUAUACCUUUUGUUACAGUUUUACUCUUUCCAAAGUAAGACAAUAUUACUCAUAAGAGUUUAAAAGUACUUAAUUGAUACUGUAUCACUUGACUCAACUAUUUACUCCUAUUGCUUUCAGGUUCUCAAAGGCCUUAGUUACUUAAGAGAAAAUCACAAAAUAAUUCACAGAGGUGGGUAGGAUAUUGCUGUAUAUAAUAGUAUGUAUCCUAGAUACAAUAACCUUUUUUGACAAUAAUUUGGAUGGUUGCCGUCAACACAAAUUUUCCCAUUACAGCAACAUAAUCAAUCUUGGUAGAUAUAUUUGACACUUGCUUAGUUGCUUGUUAGGAUGAUGUACUGUACCUAAUAACACUUGGUUUAUAACAACUUGUACUUUUUGUGAUUUCCAGAUGUGAAGCCUUCCAAUAUUUUGAUAAGUUCGAGAGGAGAAAUAAAACUUUGUGAUUUUGGUGUUAGUGGUCAGUUGAUUGACUCCAUGGCAAAUUCAUUUGUUGGGACAAGAUCCUAUAUGGCAGUAAGUUGAGACCUAGAAAUAAUAUUGUCAGUGCUGCUGCAUGUUGUUGUUGUUGCUAUUGUUGUUGUUGUUGCUGCUGCUGCUGUUGUUGUUCUUGUUGCUACUGUUGUUCUGUUGUUUUUGUCAUUGUCAUUGUUGUUGUUUUCUGUUGUUGUUGCUGUUAUUGUUUCUGUUGUUGCUGUUAUUGUGUCUGUUGUUGGUUUUGUAGUUGUUGUUCCUGGUGUUCUUAUUGUUGAUGUUGUUGCUGCUGUUGGUGUUAUUGUUGUUUCUGCUGUUGUUGCUGCUGUUGUUGUUGCUGAUGUUGUUGUUGGUGUUGUUGGUGUUGUUGUUUCUGCUGUUGUUGUUGCUGUUGUUGCUGCUGUUGUUGAUGAUGUUGUUGGUGUUUCUGUUGUCGCUGCUGUUGUUGCUGCUGCUGUUGUUGUUGUUGUUGCUGCUGUUGUUGGUGAUGGUGUUGUUUCUGCUGUUGUUGUUGCUGUCGUUGCUGCUGUUGUUGCUGCUGUUGAUGAUGUUGUUGGUGUUGCUGUUGUCGCUGCUGCUGUUGUUGAUGUUGCUGCUGUUGUUGGUGUUGUUGUUGUCACUGCUGCUGUUGUUGCUGCUGUUGUUGUUGGUGUUCUUAUUGUUGUUGCUGCUGCUGUUGUUGUCUUGUUGAUGUCUUUGAUGUUGUUGCUGUUGUUUCAAUGCAGUUCCAACUCUUCUAAACACAUUCUACUUGAUACAUUUUUUCCCAUUUUAUGCAUGGGUGUGCAUUGCAUAGGAGUCUAAAUACACCCUUUUGAUAAUUACAUCAUUUGGCCUGGAAGCCUCGCUCUCAUGAAUCGUGAGCCAAUCAACUUUGCAUAAUUUACUAAUGAGAGCGAGGCGUGGUGUAAUUAUUGAAAAUGUGUAUUAAAUUGUAUAGGAGUUAAGUAGAAUGUUGUCAAGUUUGAGUCAUAUCAGCAUGUUGAAACUACAUUGCACUUUUCCUUUUACAUUUGAAAUCAUUAAAUUAAAUUUUUUUCCUACCAGCCGGAGCGUCUACAAGGCAACAUCUACUCCAUUCAAUCUGACAUUUGGAGUUUUGGUUUAUCAUUGGUUGAGAUGGCCUUGGGACGUUACCCAGUCCCUCCACCAAACCCCGAGGACAUUGAUAAAGUCUUUACAGGAGAGAUCCCAGACCUUGCUUCACUUACCCCAGAGAGAAUGGUUCCUGGGGCCCAGGUCCCUCAAGGUGUUAAUGGUGGAGAAGUCCCAAGGCCGAUGGCAAUCUUUGAAUUGCUGGAUUAUAUUGUUAACGAGGUAGGUGUUAUUUUUAAUCUCAACAUUUUAACACCAUCACAAAAUACAGUCUGUCCGAGUAAACGUUGAUGGGGCAUCCGCACACCCUUUCAUCUUCCACACCUUACUAUUUCAUCCUUUUUCUUUUUUCAGCCUGCGCCAAGGUUACCGGAGAGACAUUUCUCAGACAUAUUCAGAGAAUUUGUACAUAAAUGGUAAGCAAUUUAUUUUUAGAAAUUCAGAGAUAAAGUUUCACCAAGUUGAGAAAUAUGUCGUUUUUUAAUUUUUUAGUUUGGUGAAAAAUCCAAAUGAACGAGCAAAUCUUAAGUUUUUAAUGGUGAGUGGAUUUUAUUAAUUUGUGAGUGACAAUUCUGGGGGCGUACUACCCCGGAAGAAAUUGAAUUUGGGUUUCUGAAACGGCAUUUCCUGCAUUGUGGAGGCUCCUGGAGAAAAAGAUAAAUGUCUUCAUAAAUCACUUUUUAACAGUGUUAAAUAUUGAUUUCACAAUAUUUGACAAUUUAAUUCAAUUAGAGACAUAGUCACAUAGAAGCUCUAUAGAUUCGCACAAGAUAUACAACACACUACUCAAUUUUACAUCAAUUUUACAUCAUCUGAAAAACAUGGGGGAGGGGGAAGCGGCUGCUCCCCUUCGCCCUCGCUUGGUGGCGCCACUAAGCAUUCCGAGUCCUAUGUUUUUCCUUGAAAUGCGCAAGCGCCGCACGUGAUAUGUUUUUCAGUAAUAUUCUCAAAGUUACUUUAGUUGAGUAAAUGAGCAAAUUUUAAAAGUUUCAGAAAUGUGAUUUUUAUUUGCGAGUCUCUGAUGACCGGAGAACUGUGCAUGCUAUCUCUUACGGUCAGCGAUUUCAUUAAUAAAUAUGCGUGAAAUAGAUGCGCAAAUAUUGAUAAAGUUUGCUAGUGGCCCUUUGCACUUUUUUGCUAGUAAGUUAGUAACACUGUAACAGCGAAACCUAGUUUAAGGUAGACGCUUGAAAAUAGGAAAAAAGCUUUGGCCGAGAUUUCAGACCAUAUUAAGAAAUUGACUGUAUUGAAAAAAAAACACACCAUAACAAAAAGGUCAACCAAUAUUUUCAGAAUCAUCAAUUCAUAAAGAAAGCCGAAGAGUCGGACAUCGAUUUCGUUGGCUGGGUACAGCGAACACUUGGUAUUAGCCCGCAAACAACGACAGUGUAGCAACAUAGUGAAGUUUGUAUUUUUAAUUAUUACCCUGCAAUGAUAGAAACCAACGUUUCGGUUGGUGGAAGCAACAGAAAGGCACAAAAAAAUAGAAAAACUUUACAUUAUUGAAGUAUGUAGAUUUCCUCUAUUCUCUAGCAUUUUUUUUUAUGAGAAAUUCCAUAGAAAAUCUAUAGUUUACCCAUUUAAGGAAACGUUUAUAUGCAAAGCCCAUUUUAAAGGCUUAGCCUGUAUCUCAAAACAUUCUGGUUAAAAUUUCCUGGUUAUAUCCUAGAAAUCUCACCCCGGACUAUAGUCUGGAUAGUAUAACGAGAAAUCUGGUUAUAGACCCUUUGCACUGACGUCACAAAUCCUUAGAGUGUCCUCCAGAUGCUCCCUAACAAUAUCUGUUCGGGUACAACAACCACAUACAGCGCAAAAAUGAACCAUUUUAAUACAAAAUUAUUAUAAAAUUUUAAAAAAUUUGCUCUGUUUACAAAAGUUAUAUUAUGCAUAGAUUGCUAAUUUGUCCUCCAGAUACAUCGUCACCGGCGCUGUGACGUCAUGUGCAAUGGGUCUAUACUUGUUAUUGUCGAUUUCAAGUCACUUUUCGACAUGUGGGUCCCAAGUUCGUUGCAAACUUGCCAAUUACGUUUGGUUUGAAAAUUGGGCGCGAACUUCGCAACAAAGUUUUCAUGCAAGUACAUUUCAAUGUUUGAACUUCAUUUGUAAACAAAUGUUCAUACUCGAUAAUAAUAACCAAUUCAGUGAAAUACAAACCUUGGGGGACCACUGGACCAAGAACGUUCCAUUGAAUUGUUAAUUCAACUUGAGCUAUGAACAUUUCUUUACAAUAGUUCAAACAUUGAAAUGUACUUGCGAACUUUGUUGCGAAGUUUACGCCCAAUUUUCGAACUUGGGAACGUAAUUGUCAAGUUUGCAACGAACUUGGGAGUUGGGACCCGCGCGUUGAAAAGUGACUGGAAAUCGACAAUAAAACAACCAGACUAUAUUAUUUGCUUGCACAUGACGUCACCACGUGUCAUUAAGCGCCAUCUUGGUUGAUUUUAAAGUUUUGUCCAGCCGUUUACAUCGAAAUAGUUGAGUUACUUUAAUAUUUUUUUUUUUUUUUUGAAAACAUCUUAAUUACUGUAUUAUGGAUAGUUUACGAUUUCUGGCACAAUCAAGAAUAUAGAUUUUUAGUUGCGACGAAAAUCAACCAAGGUGGCGUCGAUUGCAAACGAGCAAUUAGUUGGAUACAUAACCAGAGACCCUGGUUAUUUACCAACUUAGCAUUGUCUGGUUCGUUUAACCGGGAAGUCCUGGUCAAAGUUACCAGACUACAGUAGGAAAUCGAUUAAAAUAACCAGGAAAUUGAACCAGUUUAAUCGAAAUAGUGUUAUUGACUGAUAAAAUACCAUCCUCGUGCAAAUAUGAUUUUUGCAUGUGUAAUAUUCGGAUCAUUCUUACUGUAAAAGAAAUGUAUGUCUUUAUGGUAAACCUCAUUUUGAUCAACUUUUCACUGUCAUAUUUGUCGGAUAUAAUGUUAUUAAAUAAAUUACAAAAUUAGUUUUUCUUUGUUUUUGCUGCUAUAGAAAUUCAUUUAAUGACAUCUAUCUUUUGACAGUGAAAAAGUUUGUAAAAUGAGUUAUUUUACAAUAAAGAUAUAUUACAUUUUUUAGAAUGACCCAAAUACUUCACAUUAUACAAAAAUUAUAUUUGGGAUAUUGCACUAGUGGGACUUUAGCUAUGCUUAUAACGCCUAUAAUAACAACCUCUGAUGUUGUUACCAAACUGUAGCUCAAUAGUAUACUUGUCCCAAGUUCCCUGACGAGGGUUUUAGUAGCAAAUGUAGUUAGUUUUUUUUUCAUUUCAAAUACGAGUGAAAUAUUACAAUUUAAAUUUAUAUAUAUUCCAACAAGGCUAGCAAAUUGUGAAUUUCACUUUUUUUGUGAAAUAUAGACAUUUGUUUUGUAUUUAAUAUAUUUAGUGGUAUUAAUAAACACAGCGUCUUAUUAUUUCCCUUUAUAUACUUACUGAUAAAUAUAUUUUCAUAAUGCUGCAAACAAUUAUAGAACUGACUUUUGUGACUAUACAUAUACCCAAACAUGCAUGCAUAUUAUUG